AUGUCCACCAUGCUUGCAAACGGAUAUUCGCAGCAGACAACAAAAAAAUCAAGCUUACAUGGAGCAAUUCACCUAACUGUUGACGACAGUCCCACAAUCUUUCCUAAGACUUUUAGGAGGGAUAGCCGAAGGAUUUCUCUCAAUGCGGUGCAAGCUUUUUCCUCUACUCGUCGAAGCACAAUUCAUCACACAGGUCACGGAGCAGUAGAUCUCCUUGGCGCUGCCAGYUCUCCAUACAAUAUCAUGUACACUUCGAGAGCUGUAAAAGCCUACAGGCAAAGACGAGCUUUGCAUCAUAAGAAUUUGAAGGGAAAGAAAAAAAAGGUGAUCAUUUUGCGAAAUGCUUUCAAAAACAUUGUUYUGUACGCSUCGCAAAAGGGAAGACACGARCAAAUCACUUCGGAGACGACGCUCUCUCUUAGAGCGAACACCGCCAAAGGGACGUAUGAUGACCUACUUUUUGACCCCGAGGCAUUCAAGAGCCAGUUUAAGGAUAGUUUCCCGUUAUGGGCAAAACAAGUGGCCGAAAAACCUCCAAAUAAGAGAACGGACGAAGAGGUGAAGCUGUUAGUUCGACUUAUGAAACAACUAAAAGGUUUCAGGCGGUAUAGUCCUGAUGUGCAGACUUCGUUUUGUAGAGUAUUAAAAUACGACCGGUAUGGUCGUAGACGAGUGAUUAUUCGCAAAGGUCACAUUGCACAGCGGUUGUACUUCAUAUUCAGUGGUUCAGUAUGCGUGACUGAUGACGAAGACGAGGACAGUGCUUUUGCAAACACAGAAGAUGAAAAGGCGUGCCUUAAACGCGGGGACUAUUUUGGAGAACUAGCUUUCCUCAAAAACAUUAGACGAGCKGCGACCAUCGUUUGCUUGGAGCAAACCGAGUUUUUGUCUGUCAGUAGAGAGGAUUUCUUCGAAACAGGAAUUGACAAAUGCUUUGCWAGGGACUUAGAAAAACGAAUCCAGUUUUUGAGCAAUCAUCCCUUGUUUGUCACGUGGCCGCGCAGAUCAAUACUUCAUAUCGCCGAGGUCAGUAGAGUCCAUGCAUACCACAGUGAUGACGUCAUUGUCAAAAAUUCCACCGACUCUUAUUGGAUGUAUUUUAUAACUAAGGGUCAGUCUGAAGUUCUUCGUCUAGUUGACCUCCAAAGCUGCCCUGCCUAUCAAAAGUACUUUUCAAAACCCAAUACCUCAGUUGAAACGUCAAUGAGCUACCCAUGUAAAACCUCCACAACAUUUGACUCCUUGAUGUUGAACACAUUCCCAAUUAUUGAAGAAGACGAAGAGGAUGAAGAAGGAUACCUAAAAGGCAGCGUUAAGUCUUGUCAUUCUGAUAUCAACAUCCCCGCUAGACGGCGCAACAUACCUAAGGCGUCUACAAGAAGCAAGUCCGCUAGUGUACGAUCGAGUUCAUCGUCUGCUUCUCAGUUGACCCAAAGCGACGCACAAUCGUCUAAGUUAGACAUUGGUGUUGGAGUGUAUAUGGUUUUGGAUAAACUAACAACAGGAAGCUUGUUUGGGGCCUGGUCAGUAAUCAAACAAGAAGAUGAAAAGGAUCGAAAGCGACCAAAAGUGAAAGAAAGACGAUUCAUUCUCCUCAGUGAAGGAUGUGAGGUCAUCAAAAUGCCCAAAAAGGAAUUCACUAAAGAUGCUGACAGUGAAACAAUUGAGCAUCUUCGACUACUGACAGCUAAUUAUCCCACUGACAAUAAACUCUGUCAGGCUUAUUUAAAACAAAGUAAUUGGCGCUGCUACAGAGAAGAGCUUGUUGAUGAUAUUAUUGAAAGAAAGCAAGCAAUCAAGCAUGGUGUAACUCGCACUCUUGCUAAGCCAACACCCAUUGUUUCCCCUUUAUGUUCCUUCGUCGCUCAACAUCCUGCUUCCUCAAACUGGGAGUAUUUUCGCGGUACAGGCUGGACUGCUUCCAAAGUUAUCUCCCCUGUGAUAAAAGCUGGUAAAAAACAGAAACCUCGACGAACACCAACACCACACCAAAGUUGCAAUAGAAGCACUCCAGUCUCGCGGUUCUCGCAGCGUGCGGGGAGCUGCAGUAGGUAUCCACUGAAUCCAAACCCUCUUGUUGGAGAAAAACUCGUGGUAGCAAAGGGAAGUCAUCGAUCUUUAGUAUUGACACAUGGUGGCAUAAGAUGUAAUGAUUAUAUUGAAGAGAUAGUUCCAGGAGUAACAGUAUAGCAGGAAAUUGUUCCUGUUCAAAAUAUUUAUCACUUCUAARGGAAGGUACGUUUAUUACUGGGGGGRAGGGCUGGAGUUUUCAGAGWAAUUUUUCCAUAAGAAUGUGUGGCCCUCCCCUCAAAAGUUCCCAAAAUACUAAUGGAACCCUAUAUAGUAUGUCGGUCCAUGAAAAAUCGACUCGAUGGUAUAACAUUUUUUCUUAGCUAAAACCUAAAAACUAGGAUGACACUCCCCUAUAGAUACGCUUUUGAGUGAGGAUGUGACCCUCCCCUAAAGCUUGCAAAAAUGAUAUAUGACCCUCCCCUCUCCCACUCCAGCCCUCCCCUCCCCAAUAAUAAACGUACCUUCCUUAAGAGUAUAAACACAAUCGAUUUUUGACUGAGUGAUCAUUCUUUUCUUUUGUUCAUCAGCGCUGUUUAUCAUAAAUUGCUGUAGGAUAAUCUUGUUUAUACUCUUUAGUAGGAUUAUUUGUCAUAAAUAUGCGAUGGAAUUUAAAAUUCACUCUUCACUGUUAAGCAUGCUAAAGCUUAGAAGUCAAACUUCUUUCUUUUCUCAAUUCGCGGGUYUAAAAAACUCGAAUAAUUUUAAAUUAUUGUAAAUAAUUGAUGAAUUUUUCAAUUGGCAGUCACUUAGCACUCAUAAAACUGGAACACAACAUACAAUGCUUGGUGGUAAAUACAUUCGUUUUUAAAAACGUUGAUUCAAAUACAAAUGAAUAAAGAAAAUAAUAACAAUGAGCUCAUUAAAAUUUGUUCUCGAAAUUUAACAGCUAGCCAAGUUUUCUAGGUUUUUCUUAGUGAAGCGUCCAUAAACUACUUUGGAUCUCUUUUUCUUUUCUUGGUUAAUUUUUGAAAGCUCAGCAAAUCUGCAAAAAUUUUCCUUUUUUUUCC